AUGGGGUUCGAGCAGCAAAGGCAAGAGGUCGUUGUGGAUCAUCUACAUGCUCAGAGAGGCCUUCUCCAACACCCACUGGUGCAACUGCAACAAUCCCAAAGGUCAUCAUGUCAAUCACGACUACUAGAGACAAAUACAAAUAUUACUCGACAAAAACCCGAUAUCAGCUUCGUGUAUUCUCGUCUCCAAGAUGGCAAUGAAAUCAUGAAUAAUCACGGAGGGUUGUCGAAUUACUUGAAGAUGAAGGAGAGGUCGGACUGUAACAAUUUGUCGUCAGAUUCAGAAGGUGUUAUUGAUCUGGAAUUCACUCUUGGAAGGCCAACACACCAUCAGGAUGAAUCAUCAAGAGAGUUAACUCUUCUCAAGUGUUAAUUAAAUAAAAAUGUUCAAUAAUUUAAUUAGUACUAACCAUUAGAGCUUUCCAUUUUUGAACUAUGUAAUGUACUUCUCACUACUAGUCUUGCAUGAUAUAUACAUUUGGUAGGAAAGAUUUUCUGUCGUGAAGGAAUGGGAUAAAUGUAUGCAUGUGUUUUGGAAGGAAGGAGACAUUAGCUUCAGUCCAAAGAAUUGAUGACAAGCGUCUUUGUUUGAUGUCAUAUUCAGUGCAAGCUAGCUACCUAGCUAAGAGGGUUAAAGAGACUGAUGAAGAGUAAAAGAACUAAAAUGGGUGGUGUUGUUUCAGGGCAUGGACCAUAACAUGUGCAUAUUGGUCAGGUGGGUCUACAUUCAUAUGAGAGACUAUCAUGACAUGACAUUGUUCUCAGAUCCUAUUUGCAUUUUGCAUCUGUCUACCUAUAUA